GACUGCAAGGCCAAGGUCGUGUGCACCGAAUGUGGAAGCAACAAACACCUCGCCGCGCUACACGUUGACGGUGAGCAAAGGCACGGCAGAGAGCAGGUAGCAAAUAAAGACCAAUCCGAUGAUGGCGCUAACCCUCGACAAAACCAGCACGCGGGAGAGAUUACAACCAAAUGCACCGAAAUAUGUGGGAAUUCCCCCGGUGGGAAAUCAUGCUCAAAAAACUGCCUAGCCAACAUAUACGUUACCGGAUAUCCAGAAACCAAAGUGAAGGCGUACGUGGUAAUCGAUGAUCAGAGUAACAGUUCUCUAGCAAAAUCAGAACUGCUUGAUCGCCUGAACGUUCAUGGUCAAGCAACCUCGUAUUCACUUAGAACAUGCGCCGGAACAACUCAGAUUCGAGGAAGAUGCAGCAAAAAUCUCGUCGUAGAGUCUGUGGACGGCAAUAAAAGUCAUCAGCUGUCGAACGUCAUCGAAUGUAAUGCGAUUCCUGAUUCUAAAGAAGAGAUACCUUCGCCAGAG